UCGAGUGCUAAAUGCUAAUGAAUGACAAUCGUCAAUAUAAAUAUUUCCUUUACGAAAUUAACCACAUACGUUGUUAGACCGUCUGAGAAGUGACUUGUGUAGUGUAUUUUAACAUUAUAAGGAAUCUAAUAAUCACAAGAUAUAAUCACCAUGGUCAAAGCAAGAAAAUACGUUGUAAAAAAAUACUUCGAUGGAAUCCCUAAAAUUUCUGAUUACGAGAUAGUGGAAUACGAUCUGCCUUCACUAAAGAAUGGGGAGAUUUUGCUUAAAGCCGAAUGGAUCAGCGUCGACCCGUAUAUACGAGCAUACAAUAAGAUGAAUAAGAUACCUUACGAUCAAUUUAGUUUCCAAGUCGGAAUAGUUCAAGAAUCGUUGGAACCAAACUAUCCAGUAGGGACCAGAGUCGUCACGCAUAAAGGCUGGUGUGAUUAUACAAUUGUAAGCGCUAAGAAUGCGACAGAAAAAGAUAUACCUGACAAUAUUCUUUAUAAAUUACAAGAUUUAAAAGGACUCUCUCCUUCAUUAGGCAUUGGUGCUCUUGGAAUGCCUGGAGCGACGGCAUAUUUGGCCUUUCUUAAUAUUUGCAAGCCUAAAAAAGGUGAAACUGUAGUAGUGACUGGUGCUGCAGGUGCAGUAGGUUCGAUAGUAGGACAGAUCGCUAAAAUCAAAGGCUGCAAAGUCAUAGGUUUUGCUGGUUCUGAUGAUAAAGUGAAUUGGUUGGAAAAGGAACUUGGAUUUGAUAAAGCUUUAAAUUAUAAAACUGUCGAUAUAAAAGCGGCUCUUAAAGCAGCCGCUCCUAACGGUAUAGAUUGUUAUUUCGAUAAUGUAGGUGGUGAAAUAAGCAGUACAAUUAUCGCUCAAAUGAAUAAAAAAGGGAGAGUUGCCGUUUGCGGCAGCAUUAGCGCAUAUAAUGCAGAUCCGUCAGAAAUACCUAAAGCAACCAUUAUACAAUUACCUAUAGUUUUAAAAGAGCUCAAAAUCGAAGGGUUUGUUAUUUGGAAUUGGUUUGACCGUUGGACCGAAGCUUUUGACCAAUUAAGCACCUGGAUAAAGAGUGGACAAUUGAAAACUCCAGAACAUAUAACAGUUGGUUUCGAUAAAAUUUUCGAUGCAUUUAUGGCAAUGAUGGCUGGAGAUAACUUUGGUAAAGCUGUGGUAAAGGUUUAAAAAACACACAUGAAAAUGUAUAGAAUUAUUAAAUAAAAUAUUAUAUUGUUU